AUGAACCUGCAGCCUCGUUUGAUGAUUCCCGUCUUUUGUGUGGUGGAGCAGUCAGAUGCCUCUCUUGACUACGAUAAUCGAGAAGAGCACGCCGAGUUCGUCCUGGUCCGCAAAGAUGUGCUCUUUAGCCAGCUGGUGGAGACAGCGCUCCUGGCUCUGGGGUAUUCCCACAGCUCUGCAGCUCAGGCACAAGGAAUAAUCAAGCUUGGGAGGUGGAAUCCCCUCCCUCUCAGUUACGUGACUGAUGCGCCAGAUGCGACAGUAGCCGACAUGCUGCAAGAUGUCUAUCAUGUUGUGACAUUGAAAAUCCAAUUACAAAGUUGUUCGAAGUUGGAGGACUUGCCAGCAGAGCAGUGGAACCACGCCACAGUUCGCAAUGCCUUAAAGGAACUGCUCAAAGAGAUGAAUCAGAGCACACUAGCCAAAGAAUGCCCUCUCUCCCAGAGUAUGAUUUCAUCCAUUGUAAAUAGCACAUACUAUGCCAAUGUGUCAGCAACCAAGUGCCAGGAGUUUGGGAGAUGGUACAAGAAGUACAAGAAGAUUAAAGUGGAAAGAGUGGAAAGAGAAAACCUUUCAGACUACUGUGUUCUCGGCCAACGUCCCAUGCACUUACCAAAUAUCAACCAGCUGGCAACCUUGGGAAAAACUAACGAACAGUCUCCUCAUGGCCAAAUUCACCACAGCACUCCGAUCCGCAACCAGGUGCCAGCGAUGCAGACCAUGAUAAACCCGGGGCUCCUGUCUCCUCAGCUGAGCCCGCAGCUGGUGAGGCAGCAGAUAGCCAUGGCCCACCUGAUAAACCAGCAGAUCGCCGUCAGCCGGCUGCUGGCUCACCAGCACCCCCAAGCCAUCAACCAGCAGUUCUUGAACCACCCGCCCAUCCCUCGAGCCGUCAAGCCGGAGCCUUCGAAUUCCUCCGUGGAAGUCUCUCCAGACAUUUACCAGCAAGUCCGAGAUGAGCUGAAGAGAGCCAGCGUGUCUCAAGCUGUCUUUGCAAGAGUAGCGUUCAACCGUACACAGGGCUUGCUGUCAGAGAUCCUGCGUAAGGAAGAAGACCCUCGGACAGCGUCGCAGUCUCUCCUGGUCAACCUGAGGGCAAUGCAGAAUUUCCUCAACCUGCCUGACUCGGAGCGGGAUCGGAUCUACCAGGACGAGAGGGAGAGAAGCAUGAACCCCAAUGUGAGCAUGGUGUCCUCGGCGGCCAGCAGCCCGAGCUCCUCCAGAACCCCCCAGGCCAAAACCUCGACACCAACAACAGACCUCCCCAUUAAGGCGGACGGCGCCAACGUCAACAUCACAGCUGCCAUUUAUGACGAGAUCCAACAGGAGAUGAAAAGGGCCAAGGUAUCUCAAGCUCUGUUUGCCAAAGUGGCCGCCAAUAAAAGUCAGGGCUGGCUGUGCGAGCUGCUCCGCUGGAAAGAAAACCCCAGCCCGGAAAACCGCACGCUUUGGGAGAACCUCUGCACCAUUCGCCGCUUCCUGAACCUGCCGCAGCACGAGCGGGACGUGAUCUACGAGGAGGAGUCCCGGCACCACCACAGCGAGCGCAUGCAGCACGUGGUGCAGCUCACUCCGGAGCCCGUGCAGGUCCUGCACAGGCAGCAGUCCCAGCCCGCCAAGGAGAACUCCCCGCCCAGGGAGGAGGCGCCCGCGCCGCCCGCCGAGGACACUUGUGCCAAAAAGCCACGGUCCCGCACCAAGAUCUCCUUGGAAGCGCUGGGAAUCCUUCAAAGCUUUAUCCACGACGUGGGGCUCUACCCUGACCAGGAAGCCAUCCACACCCUGUCUGCCCAGCUGGAUCUCCCCAAACACACCAUCAUCAAGUUCUUCCAGAACCAGCGCUACCACGUGAAGCACCACGGGAAGCUAAAAGAGCACUUGGGAACAGUGGUGGAUGUGGCCGAGUACAAGGAUGAGGAGCUGCUGACGGAGUCGGAGGAGAACGACAGCGAGGAGGGCUCGGAGGAGAUGUACAAAGURGAGGCCGAGGAGGAGAACGCCGACAAAAGCAAGGCAGCCCCAGCGGACAUGGAGCAGAGAUAAUGCGAGCGAGGAGCRCAGCAAGCAAUACAUCCAUCCAAGGAUUCUCUGUUGUCGUUUUCCGUUUUUCCUCUUUUUCCUUUCGGUUUGUUUCUGACGCGCAGGACGCGGGGCCAGCGUUGCCCAGGCAGGCGCCGCCCCGAGCCGGACCCCCGGCCUGCGCGGGAUGAAGGGACCUCGUCAGCACGUGGGAUCGCGCCCUCCUUAACCUUGCACUUGGGAAAGGGACAUCCGGCAAGUAAACGGGAAGAGAACRGCCCCUGGUAUCAGUGAAGGGAAAUUCACAACUUUGUGUGUGUGUGUAUAUAUAUAUAUUUACAUAAAAUAUAUAUAUAUUAAAAUUGCAUGGGACAGACCUUUACACCUGGAAGUAUAGACUGUGAAAUGAGUUCUUGACAGAUGAGACUUGUUUAUGUAUUAAAACCACUUCACAAUGAGUUGCUUUGGCUUUUUGAUAAACUGCCGCCUGCUCUCAGGGUGUGGUGACUAUUUUUGAAUUCCUAUUUAUUUUCUAUGUUUAUCCCUGAUUUUUUUUUUUUUUUAAUUAUUAUUAUAUGGCUUCCUAUCUGGCAACUCUGAAGGGUAAUUUUUGAGGUAUGUAUUUAAAGACGUAAAUCAACACUGCCAAAAAAAAAAGAAAAGAGGAAAAAAAAAAAAAGCAAAUGGAAAAACAAAUCAGGGCACCUUAAAAAGAAAACUAGUAAGUUAAAGUACUUUAAACACAAUGCACACUUAAAAUGAUACAGCAUGUUGCAUUCUCUAAAYGCUCCUUUCCGUAGUGAACAGAUGAAUUUUCUUGGGAUUCAGGAUGAAUAAAACUGAAAUCCAGUGCAUGGGGCACUUGUCCGUUCCUGAGGUCUUAACAGGAAGAGGAGGACAGUGUGUUGGGAG